AUGAACGAACCGAUCGAGAUUCUGGGCCAACAGCCAGGGCUGAAGAUCUACACCCAGAUAGCGAUCUGCUUUUCUGUCAAAGAUGAUCAAUCAUACGCAAACAUCACUAAAACUCUGUCAAGCGGUCUCGAGCGGCUGACUGCGGGUUUCCCCUGGGUUGCAGGGCAGAUCAUCAACGAGGGCGCGAGUGAAGGUAACACAGGUAUCUUCAAGAUCGCACCGCAUGAAGCAACCCCGCCCUUGAUCAUCAAGGAUUUCAGAACGGACCCGUCAGUUUCGUCGAUGAACAACAUGAAGGCUUCAAACUUCCCCUUCGGGAUGCUGGAUGAAAGCAUCAUUUGUCCUCGCCCGACUCUUCCCAUCGACCCGAAUCUGGUAGGGGAGCCUGAGCCAGUCUUCAUCACUCAAGCCACCUUCAUCAAAGGCGGGCUCAUUCUCGCCUUCCUCGGCCACCAUCAGGUACUUGAUGGCACCGGUCAAGGACAACUCAUCAAACUCUUAUCCAAGGCGUGUAAAGGCGAAGAAUUCACCGAGGAGGAAGUAACAACUGGAAACCUGAGACGCCACGAUAUCAUCCCCCUCCUCGGAGACUACAAGGGCGGACCCGAGACUGAUGCGAUGACCAUCAAGCCCUCAACAACGCCAGCCACGGCACCAGCCACAUGCAGAUGGGCCUACUUUGAAUUUUCAUCAGCUUCUCUGUCAGCCUUGAAAUCAUUGGCUUCAGAGACGGUCAAGUCGGGCUAUAUCACAACAGACGAUGCCGUCACUGCCUCCGUCUGGCAGUCAAUCAGUCGCAUUCGUGCGAACCGCCUAUCCCACGAUGCGGAAACUAAGCUCGCUCGAGCUACCAAUGUGCGAGGAUACAUGGACAUUCCUCAAACUUUCCCAGCGCUGAUCCAGAGCAUGACGAAUAACUCCAUGGCGAUCAAGGACCUCGUCGAAAGACCACUAGGGGAAGCGGCAUCUCAACUCCGAUCAACUGUGAAUCCUGCAGCCUUGAGCUAUGGAGUGCGAGCUUUGGCGACAAUCAUGAGUCAAGCAGCGGACAAGAGUGUCUUUUCAUUCACUGGGGCCCUUCGCCUCGAUAGAGACUUGGCCUUUAGUUCCUGGGCAAAACUCGAUCUGUAUGAGCACGACUUUGGAUUGGGACUGGGCAAGCCUGAGUCGGUCCGGAGACCGCAGUUCACACCUGUGGAGAGUCUUGGGUACCUACUUCCCAAGGCACCGGAUGGCAGCAUCGCACUUGCAAUAUGUCUAAGAGAGGAGGACAUGGAGAGGUUGAAGAAGGAUGAAUUAUGGUUGAAGUAUUCAAAGUACAUAGGAGAGUAA